AUGGGUAGACCUCGUCCAUUCCGUAAUGAUCGCCUCUGGCUUGCAGUAGAUCAUACUGUUGAUCCACGUGCCAACCAUAAACCUCGACAGAAAGGUCUCAUAGCGAAGGCGGAGCGCUUCAGACGAGAGGCCAAGAUCAUCGACUUUCUUCCUGCCAAUACGAGUAUCAUGCACACUGAUUUUACUCGUGAACGUGCUCAACCUGGUCGUAUCGUUGUUGGGAGCGACUCGCAUACGUGUUCAGCGGGGAGCAUGGGUUCCUUCGCUGUUGGCUUUGGCGCUGCUGAUGUUGUCAUGCCAAUGGUCACUGGCGAAACCUGGUUUCGUGUACCUGAGAAACUAUAUAAUAAUUAUUAUAAAGUAAAAAUAUAA